CGCGGUGGAAUCUGAUUGGCUGAGAGGAUUCCAUCACUUCCUCGGUGUACCGGAAAUGGGUCACUGGAAGUCGAAGUGACGGCUAGCUUUACUGCCGCACGAGAGGGAGAAUGGAUGCGUUAAAUAAACUUAAACAAUUUGACGCUUAUCCGAAAACUCUAGAGGACUUUAGGAUCAAAACAUGUGGAGGAGCCACGGUGACCAUCAUCAGUGGACUUAUUAUGCUGAUUCUGUUCUUCUCUGAGCUGCAGUAUUAUCUAACUAAGGAGGUCCAUCCUGAACUAUUUGUAGACACUUCCAGAGGAGACAAACUAAGAAUCAACAUUGAUGUUAUAUUUACACAUAUGCCUUGUGCCUAUCUGAGCAUUGAUGCCAUGGAUGUAGCAGGGGAACAGCAGCUAGACGUGGAGCAUAACUUGUUUAAACAGAGGCUCGACAAAGACGGCCAGCCAGUCACGGCAGAGGCCGAAAAACACGAUUUGGGGAAGGAGGAGGAAGGGGUGUUUGACCCCAGUAAGCUGGAUCCUGACCGCUGCGAGAGCUGUUAUGGAGCUGAGACAGACGAUUUAAAGUGUUGCAAUACCUGUGAUGAUGUGCGGGAGGCGUACCGGCGGCGUGGCUGGGCGUUUAAGACCCCUGACACCAUUGAGCAGUGUAAGAGAGAGGGCUUCAGCCAGAAGAUGCAGGAACAGAAGAAUGAAGGAUGCCAAGUCUAUGGCUUUCUGGAGGUCAAUAAGGUGGCAGGGAAUUUCCAUUUUGCCCCUGGAAAGAGCUUCCAGCAGUCUCAUGUACAUGGUAAAGACUCCGGUUUUGUUGUUAAGUAUGAAUCGAACACAACAUCAAUGAUGUACCAGUAUUUUGUGAAAAUUGUGCCAACGAUAUACGUUAAAGGAGAUGGAGAGGUUGUUAAAACAAACCAGUUUUCAGUAACGAGACAUGAGAAAGUAGCCAACGGGUUGAUUGGAGAUCAGGGUUUACCUGGUGUGUUUGUGCUUUAUGAACUAUCUCCAAUGAUGGUCAAAUUCACAGAGAAGCAAAGGUCUUUCACCCAUUUCCUAACAGGAGUCUGUGCUAUUAUAGGAGGUGUUUUUACAGUUGCUGGACUCAUCGAUUCUUUGAUAUACCACUCAGCAAGAGCCAUACAGAAAAAGAUCGAGCUGGGUAAAGCAUCCUAGCACCACAGGGACACUGGGUGCAUGACUGUGUCUGGAAACUUCUGUGUUUUAAAGGGAAGAUGCCACAAUGAAAGCCCCAGACUGUUUCUUGCUGUGGCCACAGAGCAGUAUCCGUCGACACGGCCCCUCGCAAGCAAGCACAGGAACCACACAAGGACCUGUGACUAAGACACUGGCCGACUGUAUUUUGGAGGAUCAUAUGAACGUUCGUAUUAGCGGUACGCCGAUGCAACAAUUGUUUACUUCUGCAAAACAAAGCUUUCUUUCUGAGAUUUUGGCCUUUAUUUGUUCUUCAUGAAUCACUCAUUGGUUUAUUUGAAAAUUGUAGUCUUACCUGAUCACAAAACCAGUGUUUUCCUGCCCGUCAUACACUGUCAGAGUUUGGCAGACUAAACCAGCAGUCGUUUGAACGAGUUUGGGUCCCUACAGAAGAAUCGGAAGCAGCAGCCUUUGUCAAACUGGAAAAGACACAAGCGAUCUCAACGGGAAUCCUGUUCUGUCGUCAAGCACACAAACUACAUGCGGAAACACAGAGACUGCAGUCUGUACAGAUGUCUGUUUUUUUUUUGUUUUUUUUGUAAUUGCACCUUUAACUCUAAAUUCAGGGGCUGGGGUGUGUGUGUGUGUGUGUGUUUGCAGAUGGGUGUUUUGUAUGAGAGAGUUUUCGUCAUGUGUUGUUGCCAGUUUGUUUUGUGUGUGGGAAAAGUGUAUUUAUAUUUUGAUUGUUCAAAGCAGUUUUUAAAAUGAGAAAUAAAUGUAA